UGUUAGCUGUGACAUUACUUUAACAAUAUACUAUCAAUACCAACCCCUCAGCAGCACUCUACCGUUUAAAAUGGACGAAUGUUGUAUGUCUACUCAACAAAAGGAACAACACAGGAUACAUGUUGAAAUACAAAGAAUGCUUCGUCGUGAUGAAGAGAAAUCCCGCCGUGAAAUAAAGUUGCUUCUCUUAGGGACCGGGGAAAGUGGGAAGAGCACUUUCAUCAAGCAGAUGAGAAUCAUCCAUGGAUCUGGAUACACAGAGGCGGAGAGAAGAGGCUUUGCUCGUCUCGUGUUUCAGAACAUGGUCACUGCCAUCCAGGCACUGAUUAGCGCCAUGGGAAUGUUACACAUUGACUACAUUGACGACAAUAACAUUGUCCUGGCGGAGAGGCUGAGCCAGCUCCAAGUAGGCCAGGUGUCUGCUCUGGAGCUCUGGCAGGUGGACGCCAUCCGCAAGGUGUGGAGCGACCAGGGGGUCCGCAGAAGCUUCCAACGCAGGAGGGAAUUCCAGCUCUCUGACUCCGCCGAAUACUACCUGAGUGAUUUGGACAGAAUCACUGCUCCGUCGUACGUCCCCACGCUGCAGGACAUUCUACGAGUCAGAGUGCCCACCACGGGUAUCAUAGAGUACCCCUUUGACAUGAAGAAAGCUAUUUUCAGGAUGGUGGAUGUGGGAGGCCAGCGCUCGGAGCGGAGGAAGUGGAUCCAUUGUUUUGAGUCCGUAACAACCGUUAUUUACCUUGUUGCCCUCAGCGAGUACGACCAGGUCCUCUUUGAAAAUACGAAGGAGAAUCGACUGGAAGAGAGCAAAGCCUUAUUCAGGACUAUUGUCUCCAACCCCUGUUUCCAAGAGACCCACUUCAUCCUCUUCCUCAACAAAACAGACCUGCUGGAGGAAAAGAUCCCGCAUUCCAACUUGGCAGAUUAUUUCCCCACGUUCAGAGGGCCCCGGGGAGACGCUGCUGCAGCCAAGAAGUUCAUCCUACAGAUGUAUACGGACCAGCACGCCAACCACAUGAAGACCCUCUACCAUCACUUCACCUGCGCCACGGACACGGAGAACAUCCGACGAAUCUUCGUUGACGUCCAAGACAUUGUCAUGAAGAUCAACUUCAACCAAUUCAACUUAACAUAGUGACUGAGAAAGAUUGGGAGUCGUUUUUUGUAUUUGUUUGGGGGGGGGGGGGGGGGGUUGCGCAAUUUCUUGCAGAUAACAGAGUGCCGAUUAUGUGUUUCAUUAAUGUAACAACAUGCCACUCGACGACAGAAGGAAGCUGUUUUUUGUACCAAAAAAAUAUUUUGGUUUAGAAAGUGUGAAAUUAAUGAAUUAAUUUUCAAUAGUACCAACGUCUCAAAGCAUCUUAAUGGGUCUUAUUGAAGUUAGUGUAAGGAGUCAGAGGGAGUUAACUCCUCCGGGUUUGUCUAUGUCGUGUGACGUAUACUUCGCAGUCCAAGCCCUUAGUCAGCCUUAUCCGAGGAGUUGUAAGAAGGCACUACCUGCUUUCAUUUAUUUAUUAAUGACACCUAGGGGGAAAGAUAGGGACCUGCAUAGAGGAGAAAAAUUGAUAGGAUAGAUAUUAUCGAAAAGUAUUUUUUAUCAUCUAAUGCAGCUUACAAUAUUAAAUUACAAUAUUGUUGUGAAUUUAGCUUUUACAAUAUAACCGUCCAUGAACACAGCAUAAGUGGAAGGAAUUUAAUUUCCGCUGAAAUUCCGCAAUGUACCUAUUUUCUCUGAAACCCUCCCUACACUAAUAUACAUUGGUUGUAAACAGUUUAGUUACAAAAUGGGUCAAAGACACUUGAUUUUACGUUCAUGGUGUUUUUAUGUUUGUUUGCUAUUGAUCGUUUUUUGCGUCGAGAGUUUGGACUGUUGGAGUGUCAGCAUUCAUUUUAUAUAUUGUCUGAUUGUACUAUUUUGAACUGAUUGGCUGAUUGGGAUAUGCCUGAAUGCGGGUAUUUCAGGAGGUUUGUCUGGAGAGUUCAAGCAAUCUGAUUGGCUGUGGAUUUUCGAGCAACCUUAUUGGCUGGGGAAUUUGAGUGAUCUGAUAAGCUUGGGAUUUUGAGCAAUCCGAUUGGCUGAUUGGGAUUUGCCUCGAUACAUGUAAUUUUGGAAGGAACUGGUUUGCUGUUGAUUUUGAGAAAUGUCAUUGACUGGGAAUUUUGAGUGAUCAGUUUGACUGGGGUUUUUGAUUAAUUUGAUUGGGUCAUUUUGGGAGGAAGUGGUUGGCUGGUUGAGAUUUGACAGGAUAUGGGUCAUUUAGGAAGGAUUGAAGGCCUUGUAUUAACGAGACGUCUCGUCAGUGAUGACGCUCACACGUGUUCCUGACAGCGACCUGCGUUCGGAAUCUUAAAGUUCUUAACAGCAUACAACAGUCAUAAAUAAACAGAACUUAGUAUGAUCAGUUUCAAGUUUGCAUGCCUUUAUAUCCUUGAUGCCUAUCGCCUCCUAUCCUUUUGCUUUUAUUUAUGAGAAGCCCAUUGUAUUGCAACUAUAUGGAAGGCUAUACGCUUGCUCUUAUCCAAAGCUGGUUUACCAGUACACAACAUUUAAAACUGAGCAAAGUCGAUGCCACCAGAUGGUUACAACGUCAAUCAAUAGUAAAGUAUGUGAUAUGAUGGUUGAUUCUUUUAUAUUGAGUAAAACGUUCACGUUCCGCCAUGUUUAUGCGCGUCACUAAUAAACAAUACGUCACCAACUGGGCAACUCUUCUAUCAAAAUCUGGACCCAGUUACCAAAUGGAAGUAGAACCAUCAGAGCGCCAUGAGAACACGAUAACUUUUUGACAUCGUGAAAAAUGUUUUCCCCAUAAUUCCCAGCGAUGUGAACGCGCCAUGAGAUUUCGAGCAAUCUUUUUGGAUCAGCAAAAAUAAAUUACAUUUAAUUUUAUUAUAUAUUAUUUAAUAUUAUAUUAUAUUAGUCAUUAUAUUUUAAAUGGUUUAAUCUUCUAUUUGAGGAUUCAUGAUUGCUUAUAACACAUUCACUUGCUAACAGGUAUUGAUUUGCAAAUUGCACUUUUUGUUUUAUAUUUCGCUUUCACUCUUGGUAUUUCUG